AUGUCUUACGCUGCCGUCGCUGGUCGCAACGCCCCGCCCAUGAGCCAGCAGCCCCAACCCGACCCCGCUCUCCUCACGACAGAACGCCCCAGCGCGUCCAAUAUCGCAGAUGAUGCAGCGAAAGUCAACAUCGUGUCUCCGGACUUCAAGAGAUACACCGCGACGGACACGUCCGUUCGGAACGUUCCACACGAAGGCCCGAGUGGCACCCCAAGCCGCCGUCGCCGUUACAUUGACGAAGUGGAGCAGGAGGGCUUCUACCUGUGGAAUCUCGCGAAGCAAUACGUCUUCCAUCCAGCGGUUGCUGGUGGUCUGAUUGGUCUUGUAAACAUCGGCCUAGUGUCCACUGCUGCUUACUCCUUCUACACGAAACCGCACCUUCAACGUGACACCCGUGUCAUUUUCACCACGGUGGCCGGUGCUUUGGGUCUCCUAGCUGCUGAGAGCUACGCCGCUGAGCAGUACUAUGAGACCCCUCAAGGUCAACGUGAGGCUCAGCGGGCGAAACAGGAGGGUGCCGUUCUUUACCGCCAAGCGUACGAGCAGCUUUUUAGGUCAGGUGUACUCGGCGGUCUUGUCGGAGUCUUGAACGCGGGAAUCAUUGGCACUGUUGGGUACUUCUCCUACUCGAACUGGGACAAGCCCUCAUGGGAUAGACGCAUUGUGUCGUCUGUGACUGUUGGACUGUUAGCCCUCUGGACUGGCGAAGGGUACAUUGUGGAGCGGUAUCGGUCUACUCACCACCACUGA